AAGUAUUGGUGCAACUUCCGCUGACUUUAGAGUAAUGAAAUGGGUGAAGUCAAAUUCUCCAGGACCGUCGGAUUAAUAAUCCCUGUUGAUCUAAGAGGGUGAGCUAAUUCUAUAUAAUUCCACCAACAACCCAUGACUCUAUCACUUCUCCUCCCAUGGCGAUGACCAAAACCAUUCUGAAACUUGACAUUACAUGCCACAAAUGCAAGACCAAAGUCCUCAAAGCUGUUACUGCCCUAGAAGGCGUGGACAAGAUUGAGAUGGACGAAGCCAAGGGGACCUUGGCCGUGACGGGCACGGCGGAUCCCUACGACAUAGUUACACGUACCCGGAAGGCCAUUUCUUGCGCUGGCAAGAUUGCUGAUAUAGACACCAUUGGACCGCCACCCAAGCCCAACCCACCGCCCAAGCCCACCCCCCAACCCUCAUGCUCAUGUCCGCCCUUCCCGCCACCCUAUUGCCCAUGUCCGUCCUACCCGCCUUAUUAUGGAUCGUCGUACGUGGUCGUGCCCCAUGAAACCUAUCCUUCUUGCUCUAUUCUUUGAUCAAACCUACGUCUUCAUAUAAUUAUUGGAUGUUUGCAAAAUCAUUUUAAAUUUUUUAUUUCAAUGCAUUUAUCUUAUUAUCGUGUUUGUGUGUGUGGGGUAAGAUUAGGAGGCAGCUAUGUUGAAUAAAUAAUUGUAAUUGUUUGUGUU